GUGGGUACUGUCCCUUCUCCGCCACCGUAGUUGUUUCUGACGACAACAGUCGGGCUCCCAGGCACUGUAACAUGGCGAGUAAAGCGGGGAAACAGAGCCGCUCGAGCUCCGGCUUUUCUGGCAGGAAAGGUAGCGGGGAGCAGGAGGAGGAGGAGCAGCCGCUGCAGGCCGUCCUGGUCGCUGACAGCUUUAACCGGAGGUUUUUCCCGGUGACCAAGGACCAGCCGCGGGCUCUGCUGCCGCUGGGCAACGCUGCGAUGAUCGACUACACCUUGGAGUUCCUCACCUCCACCGGGGUGCAGGAAACCUUUGUCUUCUGCUGCUGGAUGGCCAGUAAAAUCAAGGACCAUUUACUGAAGUCGAAGUGGUGCAGACCCUCCUCGCCAAACACCGUCCACAUCAUCACCUCGGAGCUGUACCGCUCCCUUGGAGAUGUGCUCAGGGAUGUCGACGCCAAGUCCCUGCUGCGGUCUGACUUCGUGUUGGUUUACGGAGACGUGGUGUCCAACAUUGACAUCAGCCGGGCCCUGCAGGAGCACAGGCACCGGCGGAAGAUGGAGAAGAACAUCUCGGUCAUGACCAUGAUCUUCAAGGAGUCCUCGCCGGGUCACAGGUCGCGCUGCGAGGAAGAUGACGUUGUCCUGGCGAUGGACAGCAAGAGCCAGCAGAUUUUACACUAUCAGAAGACACAGGGGCGGAAGAGGCUACACUUUCCAAUGAACAUUUUCCACAGUGGGAGUGACGAGUUUGAAAUCAGGCAUGACCUCCUGGACUCCCACAUCAGCAUCUGCUCUCCGCAGGUUGCUGAACUUUUCACAGAUAAUUUCGAUUACCAAACCAGGGAUGAUUUUGUCCGAGGCAUACUGGUCAAUGAAGAGAUACUUGGCAAUCAGAUCCACAUGCACGUCACCAGGGAUGGCUACGGUGUCCGCGUGUCCAACUUGCUCAUGUACGAUUCCGUGUCGUCGGACUUUGUGCGUCGAUGGUUCUACCCCCUCACGCCGGAGUCCAACUUCACGGACCAGGAGGGACGCAGCUGCACCUACUCUCGCCACAACGUCUACCGGGGAUCCGGGGUCAGCCUGGGCCACGGCAGCCAGAUGGUAGAAAACGUUCUCAUAGGCUGUGACACCAGCAUAGGUGCCAACUGCUGCAUCUCUAACAGCGUCAUCGGUGACAACUGCACCAUAGGUGACAAUGUAAUCCUGGACCACGCCUACAUCUGGAAUGACGUUCACAUCGCCAGUAAGGUGGAGAUCCGGCAGUCUGUGGUCUGCGACAAGGCCGAGGUCAAGGAGGGCGUGACCCUUAAUAAGCAGUGCGUCCUGGCAUAUAAUGUGGUGAUAGGACCAAACGUGUCUCUGCCAGAAGGGACCGUCGUGUCCAUGCACCAUCCAGACGAGGAAGAAGAGGAGGAUGCUGACGAGUUCCUCAGUGAUGAUGCUGAGGUCGGGCAAAGUGUGGAUAAAACCAAACAGAAAGUGUUUAACCCUGCGGAGGUCGGAGCAGAAGGCAAAGGUUACCUCUGGAAGGCCAGUGUCCUGGAUAACACGGACGAAGAGGAGCUGUCGCAGUGUCUCUGGGGUUUGGUGCUGAAUCCCGAUCCCGAGAGCGACAGCGAGAACAGCGAACCUGACGGCCCCGACGACCUCAUGAUUCCCUCCCCUGAGAUGGAUGACGUUAAAGUCUUCCAGCAGGAGGUGUUGGGGACUCUGCAGAGGGGUUUGGAGGAGAACAUCGGCUGCGAUAACCUGGUGCUGGAGAUCAACUCUCUGAAGUACGCCUACAACAUCAGUCUGAAGGAGGUGAUGCAGAUUUUAACCAGCGUGGUCCUGGAGUACCCUCUCCAGCAGCAGCCUCACCUCAACCUCACUCCUUCACAAUACGUCGCUCUGCUUCUCCCGCUGUUGAAGAAAUGGGCGCCGGUCUUCAAGAACUACGUGAAGAGAGCACAGGACCACCUAGACUGUCUAGCUGCCUUUGAGGAACAUUUUCUAGAGCAGGAGAGCCACUGGCCGGCUAUGGUCAAGGUCCUAAUGAACAUGUACGAGCUGGAGAUCCUGGAGGAGGAGAUGAUACUGCGCUGGUUCUCCCAGGGAGCAACAACGGAUAAAAGCAGACGGCUGCGCAAGAACCAGGGGCUUCAGAAGUUCAUCCAAUGGUUGGAAGAAGCUGAGGAGUCUUCAGAAGAGGACGGAGAAUAACAAGGAACACUUACUGACAGUUUAACUUAUAAACUUUUUUUUUUUUUAGCAUAAGCUGCUGUGUGACUGAAGGGAAUUGGGUUGAUAAUUUUUGCCCCCCAUGCAGCAGCCUCACUGACCAGCAGAAUCUGCUCUGUGCAGGUGAAGCAAACAUCCAUUUUCAUCACUGAGCUGAACCCGUGUGCUCUGAAUGCUUGUCAGAAUAAAGGACAACCUGUCAUCCUUA